AACUUCUCUUCCACGCCGGCAUCGUCGAACGAUAGCGAUUCCCAUCUGAUUCCGGCAUUCUUUCAAACACUUUAUCGGCUCAGUCUCAAAUUCGCACUUGUAAUCCCACAGCCAUGUCGCUCAUCCCAAGCUGGUUCGGCGGCCGUCGCGGCAACGCCUUCGACCCUUUCUCCCUCGACCUCUGGGACCCCUUCAAGGACUUCCCUUUCCCUUCCCCGUCCCUCUCCGCCUCCAAUUUCCCCCAGAGCUUCCGGGAGAACACCGCCUUCGUGAGCACGAGGAUCGACUGGAAGGAGACCCCGGAGGCCCACGUGUUCAAGGCGGAUCUCCCCGGGCUCAAGAAGGAGGAGGUCAAGGUGGAGAUCGAGGACGAUCGGGUGCUCCAGAUAAGCGGCGAGCGGAACGUGGAGAAGGAGGACAAGAACGACACGUGGCACCGGGCGGAGAGGAGCAGCGGGAGGUUCAUGAGGAGGUUCAGGUUGCCCGAGAACGCGAGGAUGGAUCAGGUGAAGGCGGCGAUGGAGAGCGGGGUGCUGACCGUCACUGUUCCCAAGGCGGAGGAGAAGAGGGCCGAGGUCAAGUCCAUCGAGAUCUCCGGUUGAGAGCUGGUGAAGCUAUGGCCCUCGUUGCGACUUGUGUCUAUAUAUAUAGAGAGAGUGUCUGCGUGUGUAUGCUGUGUUCUGUGUGGGUUUCGUGUGUCCUGAGUUGGGAGGCUCGGCCCUCUGGUGUCUGAUAUGGCGAUGUAUUGUCCUACUGCGACUCUUUACUGGUAAUGAUAUUUGAUGUUA